AGUUCAAGCCUCACCUCCAUCCGAGCUGGGAGCUUUACAAGGCACGUAACGUAAUCCUCACCCAACGACCACCAUCAUCGCCGCACAUUGCAACUCCUCACGCGCGGCAUUUGUCUCCUCCUCUUCUCCAUCUUCUCUCUUGUAGCUGUGCGCUUCACCACGCACUCUCGCCCAUCAUGGCUAACCAAACUCCCGCCGUUGUCAUGGACAACGGCACGGGUUUCUCCAAGCUAGGUUUCGCCGGUAACGAUUCUCCCUCAUUCGUCUUCCCGACCGCGAUUGCGACAAAGGGGCCAACUGGCGGAGCUGGUGGUUCUGGUUCUGGACGACCAGCUGUUGCGAACAAGCCAUCUUUUCUUACCGGAGGUGCUGGAGCUGGAGGCCAUUUGAGCGGAAAGCGAGGAACCGAGGAUCUCGACUUCUUUAUCGGUGAUGAGGCGAUAGCAGCUUCUGGAGGACCUGGAUAUGGCAUUCACUAUCCCAUUCGACACGGUCAAAUAGAGAAUUGGGACCACAUGGAACGAUUCUGGUCGAACUCCAUCUUCAAGUAUCUCCGAGUUGAGCCUGAAGACCACUACUUCCUCCUUACCGAGCCCCCACUGAACCCGCCCGAGAACCGUGAGAAUACCGCCGAAAUCUUCUUCGAGUCCUUCAACUGUGCUGGAAUGUACAUUGCCGUCCAGGCCGUUCUUGCUUUGGCUGCUUCUUGGACAUCUUCAAAGGUCCAGGAUCGCUCGUUGACUGGUACGGUCAUUGAUUCCGGUGAUGGUGUCACCCACGUCAUUCCCGUUGCCGAGGGUUAUGUCAUUGGGUCUUCUAUCAAGUCAAUUCCCAUUGCCGGUCGAGAUAUCACCUACUUCGUUCAGUCCCUCCUACGAGACCGAGGCGAGCCCGAUUCUUCGCUCAAGACAGCUCAGGAGAUUAAGGAGGAGUACUGUUACGUGUGUCCCGAUAUCGUCAAGGAGUUCAGCAAGUAUGACCGGGAUCGUACUCGAUUCGCUCAGCACGUUGUGUCGCAACCCAAUGGCCGACAGGUUACCGUUGAUGUCGGUUACGAGCGCUUCCUUGCCCCCGAGAUCUUCUUCAACCCCGAGAUUUACAGCUCCGAUUUCUUGACUCCUCUGCCCGUGGUUGUCGACGGUGUCAUUCAGCAAUCGCCUAUCGACGUCCGACGAGGUCUUUACAAGAACAUUGUUCUUUCUGGUGGAAGCACAUUGUACAAGGAUUUCGGUCGCCGAUUACAGCGAGAUAUCAAGCAGUUGGUUGAUGCCAGAAUUCGAGCCAGUGAGGUUCGCAGCGGUGGUGCUCGAAGUGGUGGCCUGGACGUGUCUGUUAUCACUCAUAAGCGACAGCGUCACGGUCCGUGGUUCGGAGGCAGUCUCCUUGGUCAAACCCCUGAGUUCCGAUCAUACUGCCAUACCAAGGCCGAGUACCAAGAAUAUGGACCCAGCAUUGUGCGAAGAUUCGCUCUGCUUGGUGGACCCGGUGGCUCUUGAUUUACGACAUAGACGAUCAAGAAUCACUCCUCAGUUGACUCCCAGAGUCAACAGCAAGCUUCCUAGAAAGAGAUGUUCUUGGAGUAGGCGCAAGAGGAUAGUGGGUGUUGACUGGAGUGCAAUGAAGAGGCGCUCAUGGCGCAAAAAUCUCAAUUGACAAUUAUGCCUAAAGCGAUGCAACUACAAGUGGGAGACAAGAGAUAGCAAGACGAGAUGGUGGCACGUGUUGAAGAGUUACAUU